AUGAUUACCAUAGAUUUAACGGACUUAGAGUCGACUAUAGAAUCGGAGAAAUCAAUAAAACUCAACGAAGCCAUAAAGCAAAUAUUCAAAUCCAAAAGAAGCACAAUCAUAACCGGCGCUGGAAUAUCAUGUAAUGCCGGCAUUCCUGAUUUCAGAAGUAGUGAUGGGUUAUAUAACUUGGUUAAACAAAAGUAUCCUUCCAAAUCUAUCACCAAGGGCCAAGAUUUGUUUGAUAUAAGUUUAUUCCGGGAUGAGAUAUCUUUGGCAUUAUUUUGCCAAUUUAUGGAAUCCUUAUAUCUGUCCAGCUUAUUAGCACAUCCUACUGAGACUCAUAAAUUCAUAAAAACAUUAAAGGAGAAGAACAAACUUUUACGUUGUUAUACGCAAAAUAUUGAUUCAAUCGAGAAAUUGCUUCAUUUAAAUGUGGGUAUUGAUUUACAAGAUAUAACUGAGAAGCAUUUUACAAAGGGUUGGAAAAGUCUAGAUGUUGUCCAAUUACAUGGAAAUUUGCACAAAUUAUCAUGCACCCAAUGUUAUAGUUCAUUCGAUUGGAAUGUAAAGUAUCAAAAGCAAUUGGGAGCCGGUUCAAACCCACAAUGUAAUGCAUGUCUUGAUAAGUACCAGGAAAGAUUAUAUCUGGGAAAGAGGCUUACAGGGAAUAUUGGAAUGCUUCGACCUGACAUCGUUUUAUAUGGUGAACACCAUCCACAAUCAGAAUUAAUUCUGCAAGGGUUGAAUCUUGAUUUGCGACUGAAACCUGAUUUAUUGCUUAUAAUGGGCACAUCACUUAAAGUUGAUGGAGUUAAGAAAUUAGUGAAAUCACUUAGCCAUUCAAUUCAUCAACGUGGUGGGAAGGUUAUAUUUGUGAAUAAAACUCCAUUAGCCAAGGCCACUUGGGAUUCACAUAUUGAUUACGAAAUAUUGAGCGAUUGUGAUGAUUUCGUUCGCAUCCUUAAACGUGACAUCCCUGAUCUCUUUUUAACCCAAGAACAAUUAGAUUCUAAGAAGCUUAAGAACAAUCAAAAGUCUGCUGAUUAUAUCAAGCUUGAGCCAGAAUGUUUACGUAUAAAAUCUGAAGGCAUAAAAUCUGAAAGUUUAGCUCCAGAGGCAUUAACACCUCCUUCUACACCAAGUAAGAAGAAUCUGAUAUCUCAACAGUCCUAUAUAAAGCUGCUGAAACCAUCUUUAAACCGAAAGGCAACUAAGAAAUUGAAGUUUGAACUACCUUCACCAUUUGCGUCGUUUACAGAAGAUACAGAAUCUACUGGUCCAUCUGAAGCGUCUUCUCCUGACACUACUGUUGUGAAGUUAGAACCCGAACAGCCUUGCUAUGUAAUAAAGAAGGAAGAAACCACUUCUUUUGAAUCUCGCAAGAGAUCACUUGAGCUGACCUGUGCCUUUGAGUCAAAGAGACGUAUUCGCAUACAUUCAUAG